CCAGCUUGAUUGGCCCGAGGUGGGGACCUGGAAGUUUUAGCCUCUCUGAUCUCGAGGCGGAUUAAUUAGCCCAAGAAACAUUAUAUUCAUGCUUAGGUGGAGAAAAGCAGGGCUAGAAUUGGAACUCAAAGCCCAGAAUGGCAGGAGAGGAUGUGGGGGCUCCACCCGAUCACCUCUGGGUUCACCAAGAGGGUAUCUACCGCGACGAAUACCAGCGCACGUGGGUGGCCGUCGUGGAAGAGGGGACGAGUUUCCUAAGGGCACGGGUCCAGCAAGUUCAGGUUCCCUUAGGUGACGCAGCUAGGCCAAGUCACCUUCUUACCUCCCAGCUACCUCUCAUGUGGCAACUCUACCCUGAGGGACGCUACAUGGAUAACAACUCCCGCUUGUGGCAAAUCCAGCAUCAUUUAAUGGUCAGGGGAGUAGAGGAGCUGUUGCUUAAACUUUUGCCUGAUGAUUAACCUGGUGCUGGAAUUCUAGGAAGAUAUGCUCCUCUGAUCUGUUCAGUAUAUGGCAAUCACUUCAUCCACCACUGCAGUGCACCCACCUGUGGGCC